CGCACGAAACUCAAACACGCCCAGUGUUUCGUUUAUGUCAUGUGAUCGUUGGACAAGAAAGUUACCACAGGAAGUGCACAGUGCAAAUAUGGGUAUGUCAACGGAGUCACGGCUUAUCUUUGUUUCUGGAUGUCUUCUGUUGCUGUUUGGGUCCUCAUGGGCAUCGAACGACACCACCCCUUUGGUUAUAUGGCAUGGCAUGGGGGACAGUUGCUGCAAUCCACUCAGCAUGGGUGCAAUAAAGAAGAUGGUGGAGAAAGAAGUGCCAGGGAUUUAUGUGCUGUCCCUAAUGAUCGGCAGCUCUGUCUUACAGGACACUGAAAAUGGCUUCUUCAUGGAUGUUAAUGCGCAGGUGUCAUUUGUAUGUGAUCAGUUAGCCCAAGACCCAAAACUGAAGGAAGGCUAUAACGCAAUGGGCUUUUCCCAGGGGUCACAGUUUUUGCGAGCUGUUGCACAGCGCUGCCCAUAUCCACCAAUGAAGAACCUCAUCUCUGUCGGUGGGCAGCAUCAAGGGGUAUAUGGUCUUCCACGAUGCCCUGGUGAGAGUUCUCAUAUCUGUGACUGGAUUCGCAAGGAACUCAACUCGGGCGCAUACACAGAUUUAGUUCAGAAACACUUGGUGCAGGCACAAUACUGGCAUGAUCCCCUUAAUGAUGACUUGUAUAAAAAAUACAGCCUAUUCCUUGCCGACAUUAACCAGGAGCGGGUGGUGAAUGAGACCUACAAGAAGAAUCUGAUGUCUCUAAAUAAGUUUGUCAUGGUUAAGUUCCUGCAGGACACUAUGGUAGAUCCUGUGGAUUCUGAGUGGUUUGGCUUCUAUAAACUUGGUCAAGCUCAAGAGAUGGAAACACUACAGGAAAGUCCCAUAUAUAAAGAGGAUCGUCUGGGAUUAGCAGUGAUGGAUAAAGCAGGAAAACUUGUGUUCCUUUCCACUAAUGGAGAUCACUUGCAGUUCACAAACGAAUGGUUUAACCAAAAUUUACUUCCUUAUCUACGCUAAGCGGAGUGACACGGUGUCCAAUGAGAGCUUACGUUUACACGCAUCUGCUGAUGUGGCAUGUUCCUAACUACUGUUUCUGAGUUUUAUAUGUUUGUCUCAUAUUCAAAUGAAGCCAGUCGUCCUGCUUGUUUUAUUGCACUGAUCUAAUUUUACAAAAUGUAUUCCGAACAAAUUCCGCAUUUACUUAAAUGAAAAAUAUACUUGUUGUAAUUUAGUUUUUUAUUUUACAUUCGCUGAUCAAUAAAAUUUGAUUAUUUUGAA